AUGAUGUUUCUACUAGCAAUUUUCAGUGUGAUCGCAAGCGCACUUGCUUUACCUGUGAUACCAGAUCCACCAUCGCUUCCAAAUAGAAAUGUAAGUGUGCUUCAUCAUUUGGAUUUUCAUACAAGAAACGUUAAGCCUUUUAAAGUUAUUGUAGAAAAAGAUAAUGAAAACGGCGUGAAAACCAAUUCCAAUCUUGUUCUGCCAACUCAAAAACAGACAGCGAGUGAUUGUCUUGAUUGUGUUUAUCUUCAAAAACAAUUAUAUGAACUAAAAGAGGUACUUAAGAAAACAAAUCAAGGAAUUAAGAUUAAAAAUAUUCCAGAAGAAAACAAAAAUAACAAGGGUAAAGAAAACGAGCCCAAAGUAAAACUUACUAUGGGUUCAAUUCCUCCACCCCCAGAAUUGCCACCUUUUGAUUAUUCAACGCUGAAAAAACAAAAAUAUGAACAAAAUAAGCCACAACGAACAACUACUGAGAAGAUCACCUACGAAGAUAUUCCAGAACAAGACAAUAAUGAUGAAAAUGAAAAUGUAAAUAUUGAAGUCGCUUCAGUUACUGUUCCUCCACCUCCAGCAUUGCCGCCUCACGAUUACUCAACCCUCCAAAAACAAAAGUAUGAACAAAAACAACAACCAGAACCAAGUACUGAGAGAGUCAACUACGAAGAUAUUCCAGAACAAGACAAUAAUGAUAAGUCGGAAAAGAAAAAUGUAAAAGUCACUUUAGUUGCUGUUCCUCCACCUCCAACACUGCCGCCUUUUGAUUAUUCAACGCUGAAAAAACAAAAACAUGAACAAAAUAAGCCACAACGCACAACUACUGAGAAAAUCAGCUACGAAGUUAUUCCAGAACAAGACAAUAAUGGUAAUGAUGAAACUGAAAAGGUAAAUAUCGAAGUCGUUUCAGUUACUGUUCCUCCACCUCCAGCAUUGCCGCCUCAUGAUUACUCAACGCUCCAAAAACAAAAAUAUGAACAAAAACAACAAGAACCAAGUACUGAGAGAGUCAACUACGAAGAUAUUCCAGAACAAGACAAUAAUGAUAAGUCGGAAAAGAAAAAUGUAAAAGUCACUUUAGUUGCUGUUCCUCCACCUCCAACACUGCCGCCUUUUGACUAUUCAACGCUGAAAAAACAAAAAUAUGAACAAAAUAAGCCACAACGCACAACUACUGAGAAAAUCAGCUACGAAGUUAUUCCAGAACAAGACAAUAAUGGUAAUGAUGAAACUGAAAAGGUAAAUAUUGAAGUCGUUUCAGUUACUGUUCCUCCACCUCCAGCAUUGCCGCCUCAUGAUUACUCAACGCUCCAAAAACAAAAAUAUGAACAAAAACAACAACCAGAACCAAGUACUGAGAGAGUCAACUACGAAGAUAUUCCAGAACAAGACAAUAAUGAUAAGUCGGAAAAGAAAAAUGUAAAAGUCACUUUAGUUGCUGUUCCUCCACCUCCAACACUGCCGCCUUUUGACUAUUCAACGCUGAAAAAACAAAAAUAUGAACAAAAUAAGCCACAACGCACAACUACUGAGAAAAUCAGCUACGAAGUUAUUCCAGAACAAGACAAUAAUGGUAAUGAUGAAACUGAAAAGGUAAAUAUUGAAGUCGUUUCAGUUACUGUUCCUCCACCUCCAGCAUUGCCGCCUCAUGAUUACUCAACGCUUCAAAAACAAAAAUAUGAACAAAAACAACAACCAGAACCAAGUACUGAGAGAGUCAACUACGAAGAUAUUCUAGAACAAGACAAUAAUGAUAAGUCGGAAAAGAAAAAUGUAAAAGUCACUUUAGUUGCUGUUCCUCCACCUCCAACACUGCCGCCUUUUGACUAUUCAACGCUGAAAAAACAAAAAUAUGAACAAAAUAAGCCACAACGCACAACUACUGAGAAAAUCAGCUACGAAGUUAUUCCAGAACAAGACAAUAAUGGUAAUGAUGAAACUGAAAAGGUAAAUAUUGAAGUCGUUUCAGUUACUGUUCCUCCACCUCCAGCAUUGCCGCCUCAUGAUUACUCAACGCUCCAAAAACAAAAAUAUGAACAAAAACAACAACCAGAACCAAGUACUGAGAGAGUCAACUACGAAGAUAUUCCAGAACAAGACAAUAAUGAUAAGUCGGAAAAGAAAAAUGUAAAAGUCACUUUAGUUGCUGUUCCUCCACCUCCAACACUGCCGCCUUUUGAUUAUUCAACGCUGAAAAAACAAAAAUAUGAACAAAAUAAGCCACAACGAACAACUACUGAGAAAAUCAGCUACCAAGCUACUGGUGAAUUAAAAGGGGACAAGACAAACGUCGCUUUAGUCGGUAUUGCAUCACCUUCAGAAAUACGGUCUUCUGAUUACUCUUAUCUUAACAAAAAUACUAUUGAAACAAACCAAACCAAAGCAGAAACAAACGAAAAACCCGAACGUUUAUAUCCUUCGUUACCAAAAUUCGGUAUGCAGUGCCUUUGUCGCGUGCCUUCGAUCCCAAAAAACCGUCGUGUAUUAUGUAAUUUACCCUUAGAUAUAUAUCAACGAUAA